AUGGCGGCGACGCGAGUGAUAGUGACGCCACGGCGGCUGUCUAUUCAGGCUUUGGGGGCAACCGGGAUAGCUACUGAGCCUGCGGCUGUGGAGAUGACGAAGCAGGGGAGCGCAGCGACUGUCGAUGGCAAGCGCCAGAGUGAUGGAUCUCCACGUUCUGCUCCUUGGGCGAAGAAGAAGAUGGGAGGAGGCGAACCAGAAGCCAUUGUAGAUGUAGUGGAUGGUGUUGCCUCACUUCAGAUUCCCGAAAAGAUUUUUGAUGAGGCGGAGCUCCUGUGGAAAAGCUAUGUGGUGGGUUAUUUAAUUGGAGAUGCUCCUCAUGUGGGUUCAAUUCACGCAACUGUCAAUCGUAUCUGGUCUGCUCCCAAGGCGGGUACAAAGAUCGAUGUCCAGUUCAUUGAAAAGAACACAGUUUUGUUUCGCAUUGAGAACAGUCAGAUGAGGAAUCGUGUGAUUCGAAGGAAAUAUUGGCACAUUGCGGAUAUCCCUUUGGUAGUCAAUGUUUGGACUCCAGAGUCUGCACUGCAUCCUCCAGAUCUUUCGGCUAUGCCUUUGUGGGUUGAUCUUAAGGGAGUCCCAAACAACCUUUACUCUCACAAGGGACUGAAGUGCUUAUCCAGAGCAGUCGGUCAGUUUGUGAAACUUCACCCAAGUACGGAGAAGUGUGUGAGGCUUGAUGUGGCCAGAGCUUUUGUGGAGGUCAACCUACACCAACCUCUGGUGGAGAAAAUCUCUUUUAAGGAUAAUGCUGGCUCUGCGCAUGAAGUGGAAGUUAAUUUUCCUUGGCUUCCUCCUCGUUGUAGUGUCUGUCGCAGGUGGGGCUAUAAAGGUCAGGACUGUUCGAGUAAGGAGAUUAGAAUCCUAAAUAAGAAGGUAGAGGAGACAGCAGCGUCUUUGUUUGCUGUUAUACCUCACGGAGGAGACAAGGCUGGAGACAGUGUUGAAGUGGUGGAGGGAAACGAGGUAGUAACUGUGGAGGAAGAUGUGAUUAAGGAAGGGAAUGUAUUUGAGAAUCUGAUUCAGGAUUUGGAAGCGCUUACGCAUGUGGCUAAUAACGUUGCUGCACUGGAAGGCAUUAAGCUAACUGAGCCUACUACAGAGGUUUUUCACACCAAUGGGGUUGGCGCCUGGGAAAAUGGUCGAGGAAUGAAACAGGUGGGUGAUACUGGUGGGGAAGGGGCUAUAGUAAUUUCUCCUUCACGUUUCAGUCCCUUACAGGGUAUCGUAGAGGAGGAGGAGGAUGCUAUGGAGGAGAAUGGGAAGGAAGUUGAGGAGGGUGAAAUAUUAGAGACUAAUGUUGAUGGAAAGAAAGUUUCAGGAGUGCAGGUUUCAAACCAAGGUAGGAAGCCUGGAUCGGCUCAGAAGCAGAUGCGGGGGAAGAUUGUUCGAACCAAAGACCUGAUAUAUGCUGGUAAGCAAGGGACAACAAAAAAAACUUCCGUUAGGAAGUUAUGA